AUGGCCGCCAACGAUAACAUUGGAAAUUGGCAAUUUGUCUUGGAUGCUACGCUCGAAAUUUUCAUAGAAAAUGAAAGUUUGCAGGAUUUUAAGCAGUUGGACAGCGACCAGAAAAGAAUGGAGUUCAUUCUUAAGAAAAAUCUUGUCUUGACUGUUCCUUGGGUUCAAGCCUAUUUUGAACACUGCAAUGAGUUGAAUAGAAAAUCUGAGAAGAAAUCAAUCUCUGCUCGACAAGAUGGAAAUCUCCUAUUUAAAAAGAAGCAGUUUCUAGAUGCCAUGGAACUGUAUACAAAGAGUUUGUUAUUAGCGCCUUUUGAAUGUGAGCAACUUUCACUGGGUUACUCCAACCGAUCAGCAGCUCUUUACCAUCUUUCAGAAUAUGAGGACUGUCUUGCGGAUAUACAGCAGACUUUUCUCUGUCAACAUAUUCCAGAUCAUCUUCAUGCUAAGCUGACUUUACGCAAAGGCCAAUGUCUUUUUCACCUUCAACGAUACCAAGAAGCUAUAGAUGAGUUCCUUCAUGGAAAGUCAUUACUUGAAAAGUCAUUAUCCAGUGAGAAAAUAAAAGUUGAUAAAGAUUCACAGAUUUCACAAUUUGAUAAGUGGAUAAAGAAAGUAAAAUUAAAACAUGAACAAUAUAACUUCAAAACACCUGUCAUCACCAGCAACAAUUCUGACAAUAGUGAUAGUCUUCCCAUGGUCAGUUACGGUCCAAAUGAGGUUGUUGUCAAAGCGUCCAGUGCUGUGAAACUUUGCAACAAUGCAGACAGUAGAGGACGUCACUUGUUGGCACAGCACAAAAUCAAUGCUGGAGAUGUGCUGAUUGUAGAAAAACCAUACGCAGCUGUCCUUUUGCCUGAGAGUUCUCUGACCCAUUGCCAUAAUUGCUUUGUCAAAGUGUCUUCUCCAGUUCCAUGUGCCUUUUGUUGUACUGUUCAGUAUUGCUGCCAAAAGUGUCGCGAGAUUGCUUGGAACUUACAUCAUUGGGUAGAAUGUCAAUAUAUGACUUUAUUACAUUCAGUUGGCAUUGCCCAUUUGAGCCUUCGGAUUAUUUUAGUGACAGGACUCCAAAAACUUUUAGACUUUAAAUCUAAGAAAGUCGACUCAGUGUGUCCAAAGAAAACUGCUGGUCUGACUAAAGCUGGCCAGUAUGAUGUGAACUAUCUGUCAGUCUAUAUGUUGAUGGCUCAUUCCAAUAACAUGUUGGCUGAAGAUCUUCUGCAAUAUGCAAUGACUGCUGCUCUUUUACUCCAUAUUCUUGACCAUGCUGGUUGGUUCCAUAGUAUUGAGUCUUGUCCAGCAAAUACAGAUUCAUCUUCUGAUUUCACUCCUUCAACUGGAAACCAUUCAAGUGACUUAGCCACCAUUUUGAAGUCUGAAUCUCACCUAAACACUGCUGCUGCUCUGCUACGACACAUUCAACAGUUGGUGUGUAAUGCCCAUGCAAUAACAAAAAUUCAUAUUUCUGAGGCAUCUCCUGUUAUCAGCAGUAGCGGGGUUACAAUUCAGACAACUAGCCAAGUACGGGUAGCAACAGCUAUUUACCCUACAGCCAGUCUUAUGAACCAUUCCUGUGAACCAACUAUUACGUCCAGUUUUCAGAAGGACACUUUAAUCGUUCGUGCUGUCAAAGAUGUAGAACCAGAAGGCGAGAUUUUUAACUGUUAUGGCCCCCAUAGUUACCGAAUGACUUUUGAAGAGCGGCAACAAAUCUUAAAGGACCAAUACUUCUUUGAUUGCACUUGUAAUGCCUGUAAGAAUGCUGCCCAACAGAAAACCCUUGCACCAAAUGGCAUAUGUCCUAAGUGUGUAAAUCCUAAACCAAUCCAUCUUAUGGAAACCGGAAAGUUGACAUGUGACCAGUGUGCCUACUCAAAGUCACUGGCUGACCGAUUAUCCAAUAUUGCAAAAGCCGAACAAACUUUCACUCAGGGUCUCUACCAGCUGGAUUCUGGUAACAUUAAAGUUGCAUUGGAAUUAUUCGAAUCCUCCUAUUCUUUGCGGAAGGCUGAGCUACCUGAGAAUGGCCGUGAAAUUGGGGAGGUUUUGGAUUGCAUUGCCAGAUGCUUGGCCUCAUUAGGUCAGUAUGAAGAAGCCUGCAAGUUCUUAACUCGCAGUAUCUUCAUUACAAGACAUUGCUAUGGUAGCUGUAGCCUUGAGCUGGCGCAAGAAUACCAAAAGUACUGUGACAUGUUAUACCUGGCAGGAAUGAUGAAGAAAGCCUUGAAAUCUGCUGCACAAGCAAAGGAAAUAUUUUUGGUGCACUACGGUCCUGAUUGUCCUGAAAUAAAAGAACUAACUCGCUUUGAAAAGGAACUGAAGGCAAAAAAGAAAAUAGCUAUUUGA